GAGGUGCAUUUGCAUAGAAAGGAGCGUCCGGAACAUUGCGCACACCUACUGAUGUUUGGAGUAUAGUUUAAGUUUAACCUGCAGCGGCUCAAGUUUCCUGGCAGUGGACCAUGUUCAACGAAGAAGAAAGAGAAGAAGGAACAUAAACAGCCGGACUGAAUUAUGCUUCUGACUUUAUUUCACUGAGUGGGAAUGUGCUCCUCCGGGCUGUGGUGGAGAUCUGAUUGACUCAAGAACCCAUAACAUUUGUUUUAUAAUUUUCUUCGUGGGAACUUACUAACUUUUGUGAUGGAGAACUGCGUGUUGACAUGGAUGCUGAUGUGUGUACUCCUUCGGCCACUCGCGGCACAGAACCCCGCACCUGAAGGAGUGCUCAACUGCUGCGAGGGCGAUGUCCUCUUCUUACUGGAUUCCUCUGGGAGUGUGUCUUCCUACGAGCACUCCCGCAUGCUCACUUUCCUGUCUGAGCUGCUCCUCCCGUUUUCUCUGGGGGAAGACCAGGUGAGGAUUGGUCUUCUGCAGGUGGGCACCCAACCACGCCUUGAGUUUGGCUUCGGCACCUACAGCACCCAAAGUGGCCUCCAGGGGGCCUUGAGGGACACCAAACCUCUGCAGGGGGACACCAACACUGUGGAGGCACUGAGAAUUGCAAAGGAGUCUGUGCUGAGACCCGGAGCAGCUGAAGGGGCCCGGGUGGGGCUCCCGAGGGUGAUAGUCUGGUUGACGGAUGGGGUGAAACCGGGUGAUGUGAUUGGACCGAUGGCCGAGCUGCGGGAGGAGGGCGUGGCUGUGCUGGUGGUCUCCACUGGCCACGGCAACUAUCAGGUGUUGAGGCAGGUGGUGUCUCCACCCAUAGAAAACAACCUGUACUUUGUGGACAUCGAUGAUUUGAGUAUCAUCACAGAGGACCUGCGGGAUGCCAUCAUUGAGAUUAUCCGAGCUGAGAGAAUAAACGUCCGCGACGUCUCCACCAACUCUGCCACGCUCAACUGGCGACCCGUCCUGUCUGGUAUAAAAGGCUACUAUGAGAUCCGCUUUGGUCCGGUUCUGACGGGGGGAGGGGGAGGUGGUGGAGCAGGUGGAUCAGGGACCAGUCCCAGCACCGGUGGUGGUCAUUACCAGAGAAUCACCCAAUCUGCAGACUCCAGCACUGCACGGCUAACAGGCCUGAAGCCAGACACCACCUACACUGCGACACUGACCCCGGAAUCCAAUGACCAAGCAUUUAACACGCUCUCUGUCAGCUUUACAACAAAGCCAGAGGUGCUGAGCCCCGCUGUGGUGACGCUCUCUGAGUCGGGGCCAACCAGCGUACGGGUGAGUUGGGGUCCUUCUCAGCCGGAGCAAAUCGCAAGUUACUACAUCGAGUACUCCGCCCUGCCGAGGGGCAAGCUCCAUGCUGUCACCGUGGGCCGAACGCAAAACUCCACCAUCCUGAGGGACCUCCAGCCUGACACCACUUACCUGGUCACUGUCAGUGCCCGGCACACCUCGGGCAAGGAGAAAGCCAUGUCUGUCAAAGUGUGUACUCCGGAAGUGACUCCGGCGCUGGCAGACCUGCAGCUGACCACAGUGGGCAGUGACUCGGUGCAGGUGGACUGGAAGAGCAGCACAGGCGAUCUGAGGGGUUACUGGCUCACCUGGGAGGGGCAGCAGAACUCAGUCACUGGCCAGCGCUCAUCCUUCUAUUUGCCUGCCAACUCUUUGUCAACGCGCCUCACACACCUCCCCCCGGCGACGAGAGUUUGCGUGUCCCCCAUUUACCGGACGGCGCGAGGGGAGGGACUGUGCUGCACGGCACAGUUCCAAUCAGAUGCAUUAGCAUACGGCUACCAAUCCUAGCAUCUCUGUGCUGCAAGUGCACCAUACCAAACAUGGAGGUCCGAUGGCAAGAAGAAUGCUGACUUUCAUCCAAUAAUUCUUCUCCUGGUCUCUCCCCCUCUGUGGAUGAGAUCCCGGGGAGAUGUGUGGCUUGGCUUACUAAGCACUCAUUUUGAAGCCAUAGACACUUAAUCGUGGUCUUGGACAAUAUGGCCACAAUGUUGACUGCUACAAUUUGCAACACAGAGGACAAUUCUUCUUUUCCAUUUCUUUUGUCUCAUCUGUUUCACACCUGUAGUAAAUGUAUAAUGUUUCAGUUUAGAGACGCAAGCAUUGCGAUAAAGAUGUUUCUUCAGUCUGUUUUGCAGAUGCAGAGCAGGGCAUGCUGGGAAUGUUAAACAUUUUAUGUGGCUUGUUUUUGGAGAAAGGCUAUGCACCAUAUGUGGGCCACAUGCCUCAUUUUCUUUUUCGUAUCCUAUGAACAUAUGAUUUACAUUCAUAAUGAAUACUUAUGGGCUGUACUUAAGUGUCUUCUCUUCCAGCACAUGUUUCACACUUGUGCAAAAAAAAGAAUGUUGACAUGAGGUCCCUAAUAACAGGAUUGCUUUAAACUUGAAAAAAAUUAAUAACAAACCGUCCACAUGCCCUGAAACUAAACAGAGAUGCUGCAUAUGAUACAACUGUUGGUGACUUAGAGCAGUCUUGUUUUCUCAUAGAUCCAUCAUUCAUAUUUAUUAAUCAAGGAUCGUGCAAGUAUGAUAAUUAAAAGUAUUUACAGAUAUGCUGUUUACAUAUUAAGACUGUUACAUUUUAUUAAACGAGUCUCUGCUGCCCUCUACUGAAAGGAUCCUUUCAGGCUUACAACUGAUCUUUCACUGUUAUCCUCAAAGCAAAUGUAUUUUUAUAAUAUUUCUUGACCACUAUUUGAAAUUUAACAAAAGCUUGCAAUAAAGUCCUUUAAUAAUUUUG